GGAAGCUAUUGAGCGACUGUGUCGUCUUUGAAAAGAGAGGAAGAACUGUGAAAGAAGUUACUACUUCAUAAAGUUUAAUACUGUCUUAGGGCACAAACACAAACUAAACCGUGUCCCGCAUGAUUAACGUCAGUAUUUAUUUCGUCUGCUCAGCUCCUCUCACUGAUAACUUAGCUGCUGGAAAAGCUAGUCAGAGUUGGCAGGUAUGUCCAAAUCAACGAGAUGGGACUCAAAAGAAAAUGAGUCAAAACACCUUCCGAUCUAUAAGCACAAAGCCAAGCUGAUUCAGGCUGUCAAAGGCAGCACUUUCCUGGUUGUCACCGGUGAGACUGGCAGCGGCAAAACUACACAACUUCCACAGUACUUAUAUCAAGCAGGUAUCUGUAAAGAUGGCAGUAUUGGCAUCACUCAGCCCCGCAGGGUGGCUGCAAUUACAGUGGCCCAGAGGGUAGCCCAUGAGAUGCAAUGCACUCUGGGUAGAGAGGUUGGCUACCAAGUCCGCUUUGAUGACUGCACGUCACAGGACACGGCGGUGAAGUACAUGACGGACGGCUGUUUGCUCAGAGAGGUCCUGGCAGAUCCUGUACUUUCUCAGUAUAGUGUUGUAAUCUUGGAUGAAGUCCAUGAACGCAGCCUCAACACUGAUAUUCUCCUGGGUUUACUGAAGAAGAUGUUCUCCAGCCCUGCUAAGGCCACCAAGGGCCGAGCUAUCCCUUUGAAGGUGGUGGUGAUGUCCGCCACCUUGGAAACGGACAAACUUUCAUCCUUUCUCGGUGACUGUCCCGUCUUUGCUAUUCCUGGGAGGACUUUUCCCGUCACCUGCACAUUUGGUUCUGCUGUAGGACCUAAAGACAUAGAGAGCACUGGUUAUGUAAAAGAGGUUGUCAAAAUGGCCCUUGAUGUGCACACCAGUGAAAUGGCUGGGGAUAUUCUUGUGUUUUUGACAGGUCAGUCAGAGAUUGAGCGUGCCUGUGACUUGUUGUAUGAGAAAGCUGAGACUAUAGACUACCGCUACGAUGUACAGGACCAAACCGUGGAAGGCCUUCUUAUUUUGCCUCUUUAUGGUUCCAUGCCGACUGAUCAACAGAGGCAGAUCUUUCAGCCUCCACCGUCAGGAAUAAGGAAGUGUGUAGUGGCCACCAACAUUGCAGCAACAUCUCUCACCAUCAAUGGCAUAAAGUACAUCAUAGACAGUGGGUUUGUGAAGCAACUCAACCACAACUCAAGGGUGGGCAUGGAUAUCUUGGAGGUGGUGCCAAUUUCAAAGAGCGAGGCUCAGCAGAGAGCAGGCCGAGCUGGAAGGACCUCAGCCGGGAAGUGCUUUCGAAUCUACACCAAGGAAUUCUGGGAGAAGAGCAUGCCUGAAUAUACAGUUCCAGAAAUCCAGAGGACAAGUCUGACCGCAGUGAUACUCACACUCAAGUGCCUUGGCGUUCAUGAUGUCAUUAGGUUCCCUUAUCUGGACCGUCCAGAGGAAAGGUUUAUUCUCGAGGCGUUAAAACAGCUCUACCAAUGUGAUGCCAUCGACAGGAGAGGUAGAGUGACCCGACUGGGGGAGCUGAUGGUGGAGUUCCCCCUGCAACCAGGCCUUACCAGGGCCGUGCUCAAAGCUGCCUCGCUCGGCUGUGAGGACCUGCUGCUCCCUGUGGCCGCCAUGCUGUCUGUAGAGAACAUUUUCAUCAGGCCAGGCCACCCUGAGAAGCAGAAAGAUGCAGAUAAAAAGCACAGAGCCCUGGCUGCCAAGAGCGGCGGUAUGAACGACUUUGCCACACUCCUCAGUGUGUUUCAGUCAUGUAAAUCCAGUGACCGACCCUCAGCGUGGUGUAAAGAUAACUGGAUCCACUGGAGGGCGCUUAAGUCAGCCUUUAGUGUGGAGACUCAGCUGCGAGACAUCCUCCUCCGCCUCCAGAAGAAGAGAGAUUUUCCUGUAGAAACAUUUGAUGGCAAUAAGAGUGAACUCUUCAGGCGAUGUCUGUGCACCGGAUACUUUACCAAUGUUGCCAGAAGGUCUGUUGGCAAGGUGUUUUGCACAAUGGAUGGCCAUGGAUCAAUGGUUCACAUCCAUCCAUCAUCAUCGCUGUUCGACCAGGAGGGUGAGCUGAACUGGGUCAUCUUUCACGAUGUGUUGGUGACCUCACGGGUGUAUAUCAGGACCGUGUGUCCUAUUCGAUAUGAGUGGGUGAAGGACUUAUUACCUAAACUCCAUGAGGUGGACGUCUACGAACUGAGCAGUGUGGCAAGAGAAGAAGUGACUGAUGAGGAGAUGAUCAAAUGGGAGACCAGGGAAGCGGCCAAGAGACAAUCAGAGGUUUCUACUGAGGAUGUCAUGAAGAAGCUGGAGAAGCGAAACAACGAAACCACUGUCAGCGAUGCUCGUGCUCGCUACCUGCAACGAAAGCAACAAAAACAGCAAAGUAAAGCACUCUGACAGAAAGUGCUUGCUUUUGAGGACAUUUAUCAUGCAGUGUAUCACAAAGGAGCAUUUGGGGGAACUUGUAUCUGAAUAAUAAACAUUUGUUACAUUUAUAACAA